GGCAAAUCGGCCAUUGCAUUGAUAAUGGAGCAAGAAGACUUGACAACCAUGUCCUUCAAGGACACUGCAUUUUUACAAUUAUUGGGGUUAAAUGAACAUAAUGCAUUGGACUACUUUUCCAUGAGUCAGUUCUAUGACAAGUCAUGUCUGAAUGAGCAACUCAAGAUGCAAGUUCGACACAAUGAACUGCAAGCACAACAGUUGGAUGGACGACAGAUGAAAGGGUUAGAAUAUACGCUUUGGUAUUUCACUCCUCAACCCAGUCUGUAUGUUAUUCGAAAACAGACUAGACUUAGUCCAACUAGAGUAGAUUUGGUUGCUGUAUAUUACAUUGUGGAAGGCACAAUCUAUCAAUCGCCCACACUAUGCCAGGUGCUUGCAAACAGAGUUCGCACAUCAUUGUAUUUUACCAAAGAUGCGCUACACGUAGCAAGGGAAUCGUAUAGAUAUAAUCCAAUCUUGGGUCAUACAUGGUCCAACGAACCAGAUUUGUUUGAGCAACUGCAAACAUCUUUGGAAAAAAAACAGCAGCUGAGAUCUAAUGCUACCAUAUCAGACACUGCAUGUUCAUCAGAUAUGGACAUGGAUGUAUCCAAGCCAUGCGCGGAUGAAUUGACAUCAACAGCAAAUGUUGUAUCGCUGGAUGAACAGCAUCGAGCAGAAAUAUUUAGUAUGACAGUGGAUCAGUUGAUUGCAAGCACCGAAACAUGGUCAGCGAAUGCUCCUCCAGUUUCAACAUCAAUGGAUAAUAAACCAGAAACGAUAUCACGCAUUCAUACUCGACAUACCAAUGAUUCCCCUUUGGCGACAAUGGAGAUUAAAAAAGAGCAUUCAUCACCCGGAAUUGCCAAGGUGGCAUCUCAACAAAGUAAAACGUCUAGUGGAAAGCGUAUGUCAAUUCAAUAAUAUUGAAAAACGGAUCAAAUUGCUCACACUUGAUUUCAAAAUCCAAUAAAAUCAAUAUCGAGUGAAUCGCCAUCCUCAGGCGAAAA